AGUAAACAUGAAGAAGAGGAAUGUUGCUUGCUGUGAAAAAAGGCAGUUUGAUGGGCAUAAGACUUUUGAGGACUUCCUCUGCAGUCCCCCUCACCCAUCUUCACCAUGUGGGCCUCAAGCACUCGACUGGGCUGCCUCUCUGAUUAGAAGCUCUCGAAUGAUGGAGGGCAAACACACUGUCGUGCCUCUCUACCCUCCCAUAAGUGAGCUUAUCCUCAUCAGGCUGUACGCGCCCAAGAGGUGGGCCCCAGGAUUUACGUACCGGAGCCGCGCCCCUCCCCGGGGAAGGCCCUGUAAUAACCGUGACCAGGCAGAGCAGGAUCUCACAGAGUCUAAACAAAGCGGACACUCUUCAUCUGGCUCCUCGGAAGAACUCCUCCUCAACCAUCAGCCGCCUCGCUCGACAAAGGAGGCUGUUGCUGAGCUCUGCCGGCUGGCAGCGCAGCACCGGCAGCUUCUGGCCAAUCUCCUGUCGCUCUGCGGAGACUGCGCCAGCCGAGUCGGGAUGGGCAACCAGGAGGGGAAACUCCAGGAUUACUUGGAAGGCAACGAAGUGGACCUCGCGGAUCCGGCUCUCGCCAACAGCAACUACCAGCACCUGCUGGCUGUGGCCGUGGAGAGCAAGAAGGCCACGUCCAAGGGGAGGAAGUUCAAGAAGUUUGGGGGCAAGAAGCCAGACGGUGCGGAGGAUGCCACGCAGGGCAAGGCAAAGAGGAAAGGCCGACGCAGAUCUUCCACCGUCGAACCUCUCCCCUCCGUUCCGGAGAGGGAGGACAGCAUCUCCAGGAUCCAGGCGCUUGUCUCCGAUGACCGCGUGACGGCGGGCUCCUACGUCAGGCAAGCCAGCAACUCCAUCCCGUCUUUGGAAGAGGUCCUGCUGGAGGAUGACCUCCACGUUGAGGUGCAGGGCUGGAUGGAGGACAACCCCAACUUUGACCCCCAGCUGGACUUUUGCAACGGCCUCUCGGAACUGGACAGUGAUUUCUGCCUGGGCUUGCAGUCUCCCUCCACCGGCCUGCUGGAAGGCCUGAGCCGGAGGGAGAGCGGGAGCAACCUCCGUCCCUUGAGGAGGUUCGACUCUAAGGGGGAGGAGGAUCAGUCGCCGGACGGCUCGGCGGAGAUGAAGACGGCUCACCAGCUGUACGGCGAGAUACACCAGAGGGACCCGGGCGUCCUGGUGGUGGCCAAGGUGCAGGACGUGGACAGGACGCUGCGGCAUGUCCCCCGCAGGACCUCCAGCGCCGGGGUCCAGCAGCAGACCUACGGGGAAUGGAGGGAAGCCACCAAAGGUCACGGAGGAAGCAUCGGCCACCACUCGGGGCUGAAGCUUUCAGACGGCCUCCGUUUGCCCCUCUCCCACACCACGGACCAAUACUCCCCUGCUCCGUCCCACGCCAAGAAGAGCCCCCUGUCUCCGUCCCUAGCUGGGGUUUUCAACACCUCCUUCCCGGCCUCCAGCAACCUGCAGAGCAUGUCCCCCGUGCUGUCCCCUCUGUCGGCCUCUGCACGGGCCAGCCCGCCGCUCAACCACAGGAUCCUGCUGCUGUCGGACAAGGACGUGAGCCCCGACGGGGAGGGCGGAGACGGACCCACCGUCGCCACGGAGAUGGUGGAUCGACCCGGCAACAAGCAGACUGUCCCUCGUCUGAGUCUGAGCCUCGGCAGACAGCCCAGCAGCAGCAGUAGCAGCGGGAGCAGCAGCUCCAAAUGGAAUUCUCUCAGUCACUGCCCGACCACAACAACAACAACAACAACAACAACAACAGACGAUGCCCUCCUACGUCAAGAUGAUAUCUGGAUGCUGGACGGGGACGACUCCCAGGAGCCUUUGUCCCGGGUGCCCAGACCAGACCGUCUGGACUUCCUGCGAAUCACGCCUCCAGAGGACGACAUCGUCGGAGACACGCCCUAUUACCCCAACCUAGACUGCACGACCGAGGUGACCUCCCCAACAGACAGCGAGGACCGGACCCCUCGCCGUCUCCAGGCCAUCUGGCCGCCCCCCAAGCCCAAGGAUGAGGAGGAGAAAGUGGGACUCAAGUACACCGAGGCAGAGCACCAGGCUGCCCUCUUGCAGCUGAAGAGAGAAUGCAAGGAAGAGAUGGAGAAGUUGCACGCAGACUUUGAGCUCCAGACCUUCCAGCUGCGGGGAGAGCACGCCGUGUCGGUGUCCCGCCUGGAGGGUGUCGCGGCCCGGCUGGAGAGGGACGGCCCGCGGGGCGCCCUCAAGGCCGGCGUGGAGCUGCGCGAGGCCUGCGUCUCCACGGAGGACGAGCUGCCGCCGCCGCCGUCGCCGCCCAAGUCCUUCCGCAACGUCUGCGUGCAGACCGACCGGGAGUGCUUCCUCAAGUCCCCCGACGAGGGCCCCGCCGUGAGCCCCGGCCAGCAGCACAUACCCCGCAGGCUGACCCUGGACGCACUCCCGCUUGGCAUCGGGGCCGGGGCGGCACCUGGACCGCCGCCGCCGCCGCCACCGCCGCCACCCUUGCCAGGCCACCUCGCACCACCCCCCCCUCCUCCGUUGCCGGGACACAUGAGAUUUCCCGGACCACCUCCACCCCCACCCCUCCCCGGCGCUGGACCUCCACCCCCUCCCCCGCCCCCACCUCUCCCAGGCGCUGGACCUCCACCCCCACCUCCGCCCCCACCUCUCCCAGGCGCUGGACCUCCACCCCCACCUCCGCCCCCACCUCUCCCAGGCGCUGGACCUCCACCCCCACCUCCGCCCCCACCUCUCCCAGGCGCUGGACCUCCACCCCCACCACCUCUCCCCGGCGGUGGCCCUCCACCCCCGCCUCCAUUCCCUGGAAUGGGUCCGCCACCUCCUCCCCCACCACCGGGCUCCGGCCAACCACCCCCACCUCCCAUGGGUGGCUACACUCCGAAGGUGGAGAAGGCCCCGCGGAAGCCCAGCGUGGAGCCGGCCUGCCCCAUGAAGCCCCUGUACUGGACCCGGAUACAGAUCCAGGACAACAACAACAACACGCUGUGGGGCUCCCUGGAGGAACCCGACCUCGUAGACACCGGGGAGUUCGAGGAGCUCUUCUCCAAGGCCACCCUGCAGCCCAAGAAGAAGCCCCUGUCUGACGCCUACGAGAAGAAGGCCAAAACCAAGAAGAUCAUCAAAUUACUGGAUGGGAAGAGAUCUCAGGCCGUGGGCAUCCUCAUAUCCAGCCUGCAUCUGGAGAUGAAGGACAUCCAACACGCUGUUCUUACUGUGGACAACUCUGUUGUGGAUUUGGAGACCAUUGAAGCGUUAUAUGAAAAUAGAGCCACCAGUGAUGAGCUGGAGAGAAUAAAGAAGCAUUAUGAGACUUCCAAAGAAGAUGAGGUCAAACUGUUGGACAAACCGGAGCAGUUCCUCUAUGAGCUUUCCCAGAUUCCGGACUUCACGGGCCGGGCCCACUGCAUCAUCUUCCAGUCGUCCUUCCUGGACAGCAUCGCAUCCAUCCGUCGCAAGGUGGAGAUCGUCUCCACUGUGUCAAAGGUGCUCCUGGAGGGCAGCAGUGUGCGGGAGGUGAUUGGCCUGGUGCUGGCCUUCGGGAACUACAUGAACGGCGGGAACCGAACCCGGGGCCAAGCAGACGGCUUCGGACUGGAGAUCCUCCCCAAGCUCAAAGACGUCAAGAGCAGGGACAAUCGCAUCAGUCUGGUGGACUACGUGGUGUCGUACUACCUGCGCAAUUUCGAUGAGUAUGCAGGGACGGACAAGAGUGUGUUCCCUCUGCCCGAGCCACAGGACUUCUUCCAGGCCGCCCAGGUCAAGUUUGAAGAUAUCACGAAGGACGCCAGGAAGCUGAAGAGAGAGCUGACGGUGUGUGAAAAGAAUGUGCAGAAGGUGUGUGCCAACUCCUCAGAGGAACACCUCCAGCCCUUCAAAGAUAAAAUGGAAGGCUUUGUCUCCGUCGCUCAUGAGCAGCAUGCCACCGAAGACAACAGACUUGACACAGCACUGAAGAGUUUCCAAGAAAUGGCGAGCUACUUCGGGCUGAGGCCCAAGUCUGGAGAGAAGGACGUGGCCCCCGGUUUUGUCUUCAUGCUCUGGUAUGAGUUCUGCUGCGACUUCAAGAACACUUGGAAGAGAGAGAGCAAGACCAUCUCCAAGGAGCGACUGAAGGAGGCGCAGGAGAACAUAAAAAAGAUUACGGCAGACAAGAGGGUAGAAACCAAGAAGAUCAACGCCAACAGUCUGAAAGAGAGACUGCGCCAGAAGCAGGCCUCUUCUUGAGGAACGCGGCGAGAGCGAUUUACGGACCAAUCAAAACGCAAGGAGCCCAGGAAUAGCGAACACAACGACCGGUACCGGAGAACCCGAGGUACCAAACGAAAAAAAAAGCCCUGCCGGCUCCAUCGCUCCUGCGCUCACCACAUGCCUGACCCGACGCCAUACCUCAUAGUUCACCGUCCUGCGCGGCACAUUUUUUGUCUCCCCGCGUGAACCUCGCUCCGACAACUCCACCGAAUACCUCUACCUCGUCUUCCCUUCGGGUUCUGCUGCACCCAACGGAUCUACCCAGUAGUGCAGACUGCCCCCCCCCACCUCCUCCCCUCCUCCGUCUAUUUACCACCCUCUCUGACUGGUCUCACCCAGCGAACAUGCACACUGUGGGGGCUGCGUCACCACGGGACAGCAGCUCUGGAGGACAGCGGCCAAUAGCAAGACGGAGGGACCAGAGGGAACGCAGGAGGGUAAGGAGUCCUGUCCCGUCGUCGCCUGCGAGGUCGUGGCGUCGGCCUGCGUUGCUGACACGGUCAAAGUGA